CAGACCCGGCGCGGGACGGCAGUUCGGGUCUGUUGCCUCGGCGGCUUCCACGGGAUGUGCGGCAACUGCGCAACGCGAAGGUUGUGGGGAGAAGGGGGUCAAGUGAGGCGAAAGAGGACCCGGCGUGAGUGAGUGAGGCGCCUUCUUCUUCUCGUUGCGAGAGAUGGGCCGCCGCCGCCGCCGCCUCUCCUGACCCAAAGGAGCCCGGCCUCCCCCUCUUCCCCCAAUGCUGCCUCUUCCACAGGAACCCUCUAAACUUUCACCAUGGGAGCUGUGGUGGUUGAUGAUGGUCCAGCAGGAGUUAAAGCCCCAGAUGGGGGUUGGGGAUGGGCUGUCCUCUUCGGGUGCUUUGUAAUCACUGGAUUCUCCUAUGCCUUUCCAAAGGCAAUGAGUGUCUUUUUUAAGGAGCUUAUCAGGGAAUUCAAUGUUGGCUAUAGCGACACAGCAUGGAUCUCCUCUAUUCUAUUGGCCAUGCUUUAUGGAACAGGUCCCCUGUGCAGUAUGUGUGUCAAUCGGUUUGGUUGUCGUCCUGUUAUGCUAGUUGGAGGCCUCUUUGCUUCUGCUGGAAUGAUCUUGGCUUCCUUCGCUUAUAAUAUAAUUCAAGUCUAUCUUACUGCUGGUGUUAUUACUGGACUUGGCCUGGCACUCAACUUCCAGCCAUCGCUCAUCAUGCUCAAUCGCUACUUUAAUGUGCGACGGCCAUUGGCCAAUGGUUUGGCUGCAGCUGGAAGCCCAGUCUUCCUAUGUGCUCUCUCACCCUUGGGACAGAUACUGCAACCCGUUUAUGGAUGGCGAGGGGGAUUUCUCAUUUUGGGAGGACUACUCUUGAACUGUUGUGUUUGUGGAGCUUUGAUGAGACCUUUGGAGGCUCCUAAAAAACCCGAAGCUUCCAAAGGGGCCACUGAAAAACAAGUCAAGAAAAAGCUAUUGGAUUUCAGCGUUUUCAGGGAUCGUGGCUUCCUUAUCUACACAGUGGCUGCAUCCAUCAUGGUGCUGGGCUUAUUUGUGCCCCCUGUGUUUGUGGUGAGCUAUGCUAAGGAUCUGAAGUAUGAGGACACCAAAUCGGCUUUCCUUUUGACCAUUCUUGGAUUAAUUGAUAUAGUUGCUCGGCCUAUUUGCGGAAUAGUGGCUGGCCUGCAGUGGGUUAGGCCCCGCUGCGUCUACCUCUUUAGUUUUGCCAUGCUUUUUAAUGGCUUUACUGAUCUGAUGGGAUCCAUGUCCUACAACUACAGUGGUCUGGUUGUCUUCUGUAUUUUCUUUGGCAUUUCCUAUGGAAUGGUCGGUGCUCUUCAGUUUGAAGUUCUCAUGGCUAUUGUUGGUACACAGAAGUUUUCCAGUGCCAUUGGCUUAGUCCUCUUGGUUGAGGCAAUGGCUGUUUUAGUUGGACCACCUUCAGCAGGCAAACUCUUGGAUUGGACCCACAAAUAUAUGUUUGUUUUUAUUAUCGCUGGCACUGAAGUUGUCACUUCAGCCGUGGUGCUGGCUGUAGGAAAUGCCUGCUGUAUCAAAAGACCAGUGGAAACACAUGUAAAAGAAGAUGCAGCAGAACGAGAGGAGUUAAACAAACAACCUGGAGACACGAAGGUGGACUCUAUUGAAGUGGAACACUUUCUGAAAAAUGAAAAAAAUGGGGAAGUUGUAACUAACCCAGAAACAUGUGUGUGAGUGUGACAAGAAUGAAUGUCAAAAUGUUUAGAAAGAGAUUGAGAUAAUUUCAACACUGUUAUUUAUUUCAUAAGUAGGACUAGUCUAGGGCUGGGCCAUCUUAUUUGGGCACUGGAGGCCAACCAGCUCAUGAAAUCACUCGUUGGAAGCUGGCUUAUUAGGAAACCUUUUCUCCCUGGUGUAAAAUGGACAGAUCUUCAAAUUAAAUCGCUUGGGUGUAACUACUUUUGCAAGCUAAACAAAUGGCCUUCUAAACACAUGUAGAAGUCCCGCUAUGCAUCACCAGAAAAUGUUCACGUGGAUUAAAACAUUUUAACUUGAGAGGAAUUAUAUAUAAACUUCCCCUUUAACACAGGUGAAAUAAUUGUCUGGUUGUGUGUGUGUGUAUGUGGUACACUUCAAUGUAUCUUCCAUGUUUGUGUCUGCUUUAAGUAGGGUUGGCUUAGUAAGGAGAAAUCUCAGGGACUUGGUCAUCUUCAGAAAGAUUUCAGUACCUCUCCUUUCCCAAAUCCGUGUAGAUCAUUUGAUUCAGCCCUAAUCCAAUUUUGAUAACAUGUACAAUUUUUCAACAGCUUUUGGUUUGUCAGUGUAUUUUUAUGCUAUUCAUUUUUUGUUUGUUUUCAUUGUCCUUUUUACUAGAAAUAAUAUACUAAUACCAAGAAAGGCAUUGUGUUGCUUCCUGGGACACUUUACGAUGGCUGCUCCCAAAUUAUGUAAAAACAAACUGAAACUUCUUUGUCGUUCGAAGAAGGCAGCAAGCAAGAAUGCAAAUUCCUUUCCACACCUUACUGACCCUCUGCUUGAAAUAUAGCCCCUUCAAAAUGUGUCUUACUUUCAUGGUUUCCAUGGCUUUCUUUCCAGAGGAAGCAUGCCUCUGAUAUAUGAGUUCUAGAUUAAACCAGAGGCGAAGUAGCACAUAAAGACCUGUGCAGUCAGAAUUAAAAAUCUUUUAUGAAAAAGGUGCUAAUACAUUUUGACAAAACGGUGUACUGCCCCUAUUUUUUAACCAUGAUGAAGCAUUAAUGGAACUGUCAGCUCUUUCAUGCCGUGAGAUAGACUUAAUGGAAGAUGCAAAGGAUGAAGAAGGCAGUUUUGCCUCCUGCUAUCCUUAAUUCUUCUUCAAAAUGAGACUAGAGAAGAGGCAGGAUACUGUUGUCUUCCUGCUUUCUCAGAGUCACAAUAGCUGCAAAAGUGAUUUUGAGGCCAUCAAAUGGCAAAAGACAACAUCUGGGAGAUGUUGGAUUUAGUGGAGAAAAAGGUUUAAUUGGAUAUGUGAUGUUUGCUAAAAAUCAUUUCGACUGUUUCCCACAUUUGGAAAGAAACUCUAGACUUGUUAGUGGUUGAAGCAGUCAUGAGAGUCUCAUUUCAACUCCUGUGUGUUGUUAUUUUGUCACCAUGGUAAAUGCAGGCCUGAACAAAGAGCAUUUUAAAGGUGGGCUGGGGAUUCUAAGCAUUUGUACACAAUUACAGUUACUGUGGAAGGGAAAGCUAGGAUUUGGUAAAGUUUUUAGACCCUGUAUGAGUAACACCUACCUACAUAAACAAGACUACAAAGUUUACAUGUAAUUUUGGCUCGAGUUAUUCCAGAACUUUAACAUUUUGGUGUUUAGACUACAACUACCAGAAUUUCCCAAAUAAUUGGCCAUAACCAGUAUGCAUGUCACUGGAGGCAACAGUCCAAAAAACUCUUCUGAGUUCUGAGGCACAUGCCAGACCCCAUCUGUUUUCAGAUGGGAAUUUACCAAAUAACUGCCAAAGAGGAACAGCAGGUGUGCAAGAUGAGUUACUUGGCAGCCCACUGGUAUACUGUACCCAUGUUGCACAGACCCAAAUCAUAGGUGGGGAUGCUUGAGCAGGGCUUAAUCUUCUCUCCCACUUUUGUACCAUCGUCUCUAGAAGGGAUUGAUAGGCUGUACAACCCUCCAGAUGUUGUUUGAGUCCCAGCUCCUGUCAGCCUGACCCUCCAAGAACAAUGACUGAAGAGAACCUCUAGGCUCUAGUAAUAUUUUACUAACAUCUGAGGGGCCUUAGAUUGUCCCACUCCUGUAUCCCUGUGUGUGUCACUUAGGAAGCUAAUUCCCAGUGGUUUCAAAGCCAGCCUCUGGAUUUCUGUCAUGAUAAAUGGAGCUAAUAUUAGUUUCUCUUUAUUGGAUCCAUAUACAAAGUUCUUAUUUCCUGGGUAGUUGUCCUUCAUGUUCAGCUGCAGAUGUUAAGACACAAAGUAGAAAGUGCUAAGAAAAUUGUGCUAAAUUUUUACCAGGACAUCUAACCAAAGUAAUAAUGUCUUUGGCAUGAAUCUCCACUGUCCCACAUUUUGGUAGUAGGGUUAUAUAAACAAAUCAAAGUUAAAAACUACAUCACGGACAUUAAGGCAAGCUUGGAUUGGAGUACAGGUUGGUUUUUUUGGGGGGGGGGGUACUAAGAUACAGAGCCAAAUGUGAGCGAAUCUACCAUAUAACUAGUGAUUUAUUGACCUGAAUAGCAAAAUGAGAUGACCAUCUGUUGACCCGGAACAGUAAUUCAGAAAUGGUAAGUAAAGAUCAGGCUGCCUUGGAAAAGAUUGGCAAGGGCAUUUUUGCCAGUAGUGUCUGCAAAACAGUUUUACAAAAGUGGGAUCAACUGAUAGAUCUGUCAACUGGUUCUUCUAUGAAGGCAUUUCAUUCAUUCAUUCUUUAGCAGUUCAAUUAAUAUUUGGUCUACUAACAAUUGAAUGUUGAGUAACCACACCCAAGUUAUUUAAAUUAAAGUAUAUUUAAAGAUGGGGGUCACAAUUGUUGAUAAAUAUUUUUGUUUGGUUGAAUUAAUUGAAAGGAAUUUAUUUGAAAAUUCAGUGUACUGAUAGCACAUAAAAGGUUGUGUAUUUUCUGUCAGACCUUCUAUGUAAUUCAGGCCAUGUCUAUUGUUUGCCUUGCUUUUAGGUAGAUAGACAAUGUCUGUCCCAUGAUGCUGACUUCUGUGGGUUCACUGCAGAGCUUAAAAGGGCUGUAUAUGUGCUUCUGAAUUAGGCACUAGGGAGAAAUGACAUGGCUCCAAUAAAAGUAAUGCUCUGGAUUAAUAUA